AGGGCUCAUGUAAUCAAAGGAGUUUCUUUGUUGUGUGUAUCUUUACAGAACACAACAGGAAUUCAAAAUGAAUCAGGAUUCUACCAAAUCUGAGGAAGCAGUUGAGACCCUAGCUGAUGUACCCGCUCAUGUCCUUCGAGGACUUCCCGAGGGAGUGAACCUGUCCCCUUCUGCUGUUGACAAGACACGGCUUGGUGUCUGGGCCUCAAAGCCAAUUUUAAAAGGCAAAAAGUUUGGACCAUUUGUAGGUGACAAGAAAAAAAGAUCCCAAGUUAAGAACAAUGUAUACAUGUGGGAGGUCUACUACCCAAACUUGGGAUGGAUGUGUGUUGAUGCCACCGAUCCAAACAAGGGGAACUGGCUGCGGUAUGUGAACUGGGCUCGCUCAGGGAAGGAGCAAAAUCUGUUUCCACUGGAAAUCAACAGGACCAUUUACUAUAAAACCUUAAAGCCAAUCGGAGCGGGCGAGGAGCUGUUGGUGUGGUACAAUGGGGAAGCCGAGCCGGAGCUAGCCGCCGCGAUCGACGAAGAGCGAGCCGGACAGCGCGCCCGCAGGACCGCCCCGAGGGCCGAGCCAGGGAAGAAAAAGUCACAGGAGAGCAGAAACAAGGGAAAAAAAGCUGGAGGCACAAGGAUGAAGAAGAACGAACCUGAAACAACUUCUGCAGAUAUGAGGGAUUCUGAAGACGGUCCUAGAGAGGAAGAAGAGAAGCCUUCCGCCUCUGCAAUGCUGUCACUGGAACAGACAGCUGUGAUUCAGGAGAUGGUAGAUCAAGACGCACUUCCAAAACUGGUGACCUCUCAUCCUGUCUGUGAGCCACCAAAAAUACCUGAAGAGAAACUAGAAGUAGUAAUCUGUGGGUCCGAUGAUUUGGACGAAGAAGAUGAGGAGGAAGAAGGGGAGGAGGACGAGGAAGUGGAAGAAGAGGAGGAAGAGGAAGAUGAGGAGGAGGAGGAGGAGGAAGAAGAAAUGGAGGAAGAUGCUAAUAUGCCAAAAGAAAGUUCUGGAAGAGAGCCAGGAUUGGAGAGUGAAGAAAAGCAGGAAAUAUCAGAACCAAAAAACGCAUCCGAAGGCAAUCCAGAAGAUUCCUCUCAGAAUAUGGCUGCGGUUCAGAUUCCUAAAACAAAAGGAGAAUCCAAUGGGGAUGCCUUUGAAACAUUCAUGUUUCCUUGUCAACAUUGUGAACGGAAGUUCACAACAAAGCAGGGACUCGAACGUCACAUGCAUAUCCACGUAUCUACCGUCAAUCACGCUUUCAAAUGCAGAUACUGUGGCAAAGCCUUUGGUACGCAGAUUAACCGGCGGAGGCAUGAGCGCCGUCAUGAGGCAGGGCCAAAACGAAAAUCCAUUUUAACACUCCAGCGGCCUGGAGCCCCAGCCGAUGGUCAGAUACGUGCAGAUGAUGGGAGUCUUAGAGUCGGGGUGAAUGCUUCCACUAUUUUACAUGACUACGCGGCCUUAGAUCCCGAAAAAGUUGCCCGAGAAACUCCAGGCCCUGCUGUUGUCGAAGAGAACGGGGAGCCGAAGGAGCUGCAUCCGUGCAAAUAUUGUAAAAAGGUAUUUGGAACUCACACUAACAUGCGGAGACAUCAGCGUAGGGUUCAUGAGCGCCAUCUGAUUCCCAAAGGAGUGCGGAGAAAAGGAAUUUUACUUGAAGAACCCCAGCCCCCAGUAGAGCAGGUCCAACCAACACAAAAUGUAUACGUAGCAAGCACGGAACUAGAAGAGGAAGGAGAAGUGGAUGAUGUGUAUAUAAUGGAUAUUUCGAGCAAUAUUUCGGAAAAUUUAAAUUUCUACAUCGAUGGCAAGAUCCAGUCCAACAGCAGCACCAGUAACUGCGAUGUGAUUGAAAUGGAAUCCCAUCCUGCCGACUUGUACAGUCUAAAUUGUCUGCUGGCUCCGGUGACGGUGGAAAUUACUUCGAACUUAAAGGCCCCGCAAGGACCGGUGGCCGACGACCCUUCUACGGAUUCUUCCGGCUGCACAAAUGAGUCCAAGAAACGGAGAACCACCAGUCCGCCCCUUUUACCCAAAAUCAAGACCGAGGCAGAUCCCGAGCCCAUAGCACCAUCGUGCUCCAUAGCUCUGCCUCUCAGCGUGUCGACUGCAGAGAUGAUACCUUUUCAGAAAGAGAAAACUGUCUAUUUGUCAUCAAAGCUCAAGCAGCUUCUCCAGACCCAAGACAGUAAUAAACUAACCUCAGUAAUAACUUCGCCCGAGGUCCCUAAGCUCAGUCCGGCUACUGUGGCUUCUCCUUCCCCCGCUUCAGUUUUGCCUGUGCCAUCGAGUCGGUUUAAGCGAAGAACCAGCUCUCCUCCCAGUUCACCCCAGCACAGUCCAGCCCUGCGAGAUUUGGGGAAACAAGGGGAUGCGAAACCCGUGUGGAACGAUGCCGUUCUGGGUUCCAAAAUCCCCAAGUUAGAAAGUCACAGCAGCUCCCCUGCCUGGAGUUUGUCCGGGCGAGAUGAAAAAGAAACCGCGAGUCCUUCUUGCUUUGAGGAAUAUAAACCAUCCAAAGACUGGACAGCUGUGCCCCCUUUUAGCAGUGUGUGCAACCAGCAGCCAUUGGAUUUAUCCAGUGGGGUGAAACAGAAGUCUGAGGCUGCUGGCAAGACUCUGGUCCCCUGGGAGUCCGUAUUAGAUCUGAGUGUGCAUAAAAAAGCCGGAGGUGAUGCUGAUGUCAAGGAGUGCAAAGAAAAUAGUGCAGUGCAGCCUGCCUGUAGUGGUUCCAAGAAAAAGAAACCCCCAACCUGCAUGUUGCAGAAGGUCCUCCUGAAUGAAUAUAACGGUCUGGAUUUAGCCACCGAAACUCCUCCAGAUGGGAACAGAAGCCCGAGUCCGUGUAAAACCGCAGAUCCACCGCCAGAACCUGACCUGGACCCAGAGUCUAGCUUGUCAGCCCCAACAGUCGAGUCCCCUCCCGCUACUUCUCCGCCCUCACCCCUCCCACAGACAUCUUCCAGUUCCUUGGCUCAGCUGCCUCCUCUCUUAAUCCCAACCAAUCCUUCCUCCCCACCACCGCCUUGUCCUCCUAUAUUAACGGUUGCCACCCCUCCCCCGCCACUCCUUCCUACUAUUCCACUUCCCCACACCUCCUCCAGCGCCUCUCCCUCCUGCCCUUCGCCACUCUCACGCACCACCGCCCAGUCGCCACUUCCGAUUCUCUCUCCCACAGUGUCUCCUUCCCCAUCUCCCAUUCCUUCAAGUGACCCUCACAUCUCCGCUCCUUCCCCUGGGCCGCCUAUCCUCUCUUCCUCCUCUUCCUCCUCUUCCUCCUCUUCCUCUUCUUCUUCCUCCACAUCCUCAUCCUCCUCUUUCUCUUCUUCGUCUUCCUCCUCCUCUCCUUCUCCGCCCCCUCUCUCGGUGGUUUCGUCCGUGGUGUCCUCUGGCGAUAAUCUCGAAGCUCCUCUCCCCAUCGUGUCAUUCAAACAGGAGGAGUUGGAGGACGAGGAGCCAAAACCAAGGGAAGACCCACAGACUUCAAACGAGCGGGGCAUUCAGGAAACCUUUAAUAAAAAUUUUGUGUGCAAUGUCUGUGAAUCCCCCUUUCUUUCUAUUAAAGACCUAACCAAACAUUUAUCUAUCCAUGCUGAAGAAUGGCCCUUCAAAUGUGAAUUCUGCGUGCAACUAUUUAGGGAUAGAACUGACUUGUCAGAACAUCGCUUUUUGCUUCACGGAGUUGGAAAUAUCUUUGUAUGCUCAGUCUGUAAAAAGGAAUUUGCUUUUUUGUGCAAUUUGCAACAGCACCAACGAGAUCUCCAUCCCGAUAAAGAAUGCACCCACCACGAGUUUGAAAGCGGGACCCUUCGACCCCAGAACUUCACUGAUCCCAGUAAAGCAAAUGCAGAGCAUAUGCAGAGUUUACCAGAGGAUCCUUUAGAAACAGCCAAGGAAGAGGAAGAUUUAAACGAUUCCUCAGAAGAGCUUUAUACCACCAUAAAAAUAAUGGCUUCUGGAGUCAAAUCAAAAGAUCCCGAUGUUCGAAUGGGCCUCAAUCAACAUUACCCGAGCUUUAAACCACCUCCGUUUCAGUACCAUCAUCGAAACCCCAUGGGCAUCGGAGUUACCGCCACAAACUUCACCACUCACAAUAUCCCACAGACUUUUACCACUGCCAUUCGCUGCACAAAGUGUGGAAAGGGGGUUGAUAACAUGCCCGAGUUACACAAACAUAUCUUGGCGUGCGCUUCGGCAAGUGACAAGAAGAGGUACACCCCCAAAAAAAACCCGGUCCCACUGAAACAGACCGUGCAACCUAAAAACGGUGUAAUGGUCAUAGAAGGGGCCGGGAAGAACGCCUUCAGACGAAUGGGUCAACCCAAAAGACUCAAUUUUAGCGUCGAGAUUAGCAAAAUGUCCUCUAACAAGCUCAAGCUAAAUGCUUUGAAGAAGAAAAAUCAGCUUGUCCAGAAAGCGAUUCUCCAAAAAAACAAAUCUGCGAAGCAGAAAGCAGAUUUAAAAAACAAGGCCUCUGAGUCAGCCUCUCAUAUCUGCCCUUACUGUAGCCGAGAGUUCACGUACAUUGGCAGCUUGAAUAAACACGCAUCUUACAGCUGUCCCAAAAAACCUCAUUCUCCUCCCUCAAAAAAGAAUUCUCACUCGUCCAAGAAAGGGGGCCAUGCCUCCCCGACCGGCAGCGAGAAGAACAGCCAGCGUCGGCGCACGGCUGACGCCGAGAUAAAGAUGCAGAGCCCACCAGCCCACCUGGGCAAGACCAGAGCCCGGAGCUCGGGGCCUCCCUUAGCCCCGGUGCCCUCCGCAGCCUUCAAAGCCAAACCGAAUGUCAAAUUCGUAGCUUCGGUGAGGUCCAAAAAGCCCAGCGCCACCUCUUCCCUAAGGAACUCCAGCCCCCUGCGGGUGGCCAAAAUAACUCACGUCGAGGGGAAAAAACACAAAGCUGUGGCCAAGAGCCAUUCGGCCCAGAUCGCCGGCAAAGCGCCCCGGACGCUGCAUGUCCGGGUACAGAAAAACAAGGCGGUUUUACAGAGUAAAUCGGCCCUGGCAAACAAGAAAAGGUUAGACAGAUUCAGGGUAAAAACUAGAGAGAGGAGCGGGGGCCCCAUCACCCGAAGCUUACAGCUAGCGGCUGCUGCGGACGUAACGGAAAGCAAGAGGGAGGAGAGCGCUGCCAAGCAGGAGCUAAAAGAUUUCAGUUACAGCCUCCGGAUGGUCUCUAGAUGUCCCUCUUCCUCCGCGCCUGGUUCCCGGCAAUGCAAGACAUCCAGAUACACUGCAGUCCACUUCCCAGGACCCUGCUUAAAAGAAUAGAGCCUUUUCUCAUUUAAACAGCUGAUGUGACGCGGGUUCUGUCAAAGGCAGCGAGGCCAGAGGUUUCCCUGCCUGGACGGCUGGUGUGAUCUUGCCUGGAUCCUUUCAGAGUGAAAGAGAGGGAGAGACAGAUGUACCUUCAAGGAGGAGAUUUGAACCACAGGCAAGGCAAGAAGGAUAAGUCCGUGCUGCCUCCUGCCGCGUUUCGUGCUCAGGGCCCAGAGGCCCUGGGGAGGAGGAGCAGGUGAACAGAGUCCUUAACUGAGUUGGGCCAGCCGGAGGAUCUGCUGGAUUGGACCCCACCUACUAUGCAAUUUUUCAGGAGUACGUAGUGUUUUUUCUGUUUCUCAGACAAAGAGGCAUUACACGUUCAGGAUCCUACCCCGGGGUCGAGCGCAAUCCGAGCCGAGCGAUCCUUUUAGGGAGACUGUUAGGGAUGACAUCCUCCCCUCCUUUCUCCCAGUCAAGCCUGCAAGAUGCUCAGAGAUCUUUUACAGGGAGCCGCCAGCCUGAAGAGAUUGGAAAUCCUCAUGCCAGAGGGAAUGAUUCUGGGCAUCCGGUUCCAUUUGCCAGAGAAACGUUGUGCCGAGACAUCAAGGUCCGUGGGUUAAAACCAGCCCCGCCUUUGUUGAGGUCCGGGGAUGCAUUGAGCCCAAAGUAGAGAACGGGUCAGAGACACCCGGCCAGGCUCAGAGCGAGGGGAAAGUCCACCUCGAUGCCAUCUGGGCGGCAUUCCCUGAAUCGGCUUCCCCUCGCUGUUCUCUCCUGGAGCUCUUGGCCCGAACCGGCUUUAAGAACCUUCAGUUGCUUCCAGAGCACGCUCAACGGAACCCUAUCCGGGCUCAGUGGGAGGAGCAAAGAGCCUUGCCUAUUGAAAGUUAUAGGUUUUGUGCCUUUAAGGCAGAUCACGGGGGAAUUAUUCUUUGAGACCAAUUUUGUGCCGUUUAAUAAUCUCUAUUUUUAAAGGAGAUAUUUAAAAAAUGGUUGAAGGAGAAUCCAAAAGACUUGAAUCUUGACUUGAUAAAUGAAUGCUUUUUUCAGGGCUGACCCGGUUUAUCUCUCAACCGUGUACAUAUGUAUUUAGACCAUUUUAAAAGCACGUAUUUAUGUCCGGACUGUAAAUGCUCCAUUUUUAAAGUUUUAUAACUUGGGUUAUUUAACCGAUAGGCUGCAAGAAUGGUGUCUGACAUUCAUUAUCUUGGUCUAGCCAGGAAAAGGGUCUGGAAAAAGGGCCUUGGGGCUGAAAAUAGAACCCAACUUCACCCCCGAUCACCCACCCAGAUAAAAAAUUUUCUUAGGUGACAAAUUAGAAAAGUGGUCACAGAAACGAGUCUUCAUGAGCAUGGAAGUAGGAUAUUGUCCCUGACCCUCAAAUGAAACUUUGCCCCAGUAAAUGUAAAAAUUAGCAGUUCCCUCCUCCCACACUGCAGGUGUGGGAGAUCAUCCACAAGGCCAAAAUCCUUGUACCUAACCCCCUCCCUCCCACCUCUUCGACCAAAAUGGGGAGUUCUCACAAAAGCUGGUGGGAGGAUGGAAAACGAUUCAUUUUUGCAUGUGAAAAUUUGCCGGUUGUCUUGCAACACUCUCUCCCUAAUGUGAAUAUUGACAUGAGUAUUCCACAAAAGAAAAAAAGAAAAAAAAGGUUGAAAAAGUGGUGUUUCCUGAUCGAUGACGAUGGUCUUCUGAACGUUGCUUCAGAGAGCUAACAGCUCUGUUGUUUGUCUGCCAUGUAAAAAAAAACUGAAAAAUAAACUGAAGAAGGACUAUAAGGAAA